AUGCUGGACGGCAAAUCAGAUGCUGAGAAUAAAGGCCGAGAGGCGAAAAACUGGGAAGAAGUAGCCAAAGAGUUUGAAAUUACUUCGCCUGCGCAGUUACGAGAAACGCUGCAUGAAGCAGCUAAGAUGAGAAAGGGACUCAAAGCGAAAGAUUAUGAGCAGCUGAGAGCUGUGAUGGGACAAUUGCGCAACUCCGAAAAAAUACAGCGUGAGCUGCGAGCUCGGAUAGCCCAACUGAGAAAAGAGAGUGAUGCAUUAAAGAGCGAAGAAAACGAAGAGCGGCGAGCGCGAGUAACAGGUGAGCGGGAAGGACAGCGGGUCGCAGCGCAUGUGCGUCCACCUUAA